AAGAAGGGGCUGGGGGGGGGGUGCGGUGUGAGGCUGGCUUUCCCAAGGACUACACAUUCCUCCCUUCUAGGAAACAGUCGCCUGAGCACCAGACUUCUGCACACUGCAGUCAUGUGCACAACAAGUAUUAGGAGAGGGAAUGGAAAUUCCUUUUUCAAGAGGCCUCGGCACCUGUUGGCGUUCUGAUGUUUUACUUUCAGUCGAAGAACAGCUCAGUCCUCGCUUUCUCUGCUAUCAACCACAGGGAGCAUCACAUUUCCAAAAUCUGUGAAGUUUGAACAAGCGGCCUUCCCAAGAUGUACCGAAUAUCUCAACUGAUGUCAACACCAGUAGCAAGUAAAUGCUCCACCAGGUCCAACAGAGAAUGUACUGGAGAGCUGGCUCCCUCUUGUAUUUUCCCAAGCCUGGCCUUCGACUUCCUGGACGGUGGGAGUCCCUUUGAAUGCUGCUCCAUCGACCCCUUGACAGGCUCCCAUUACACCUGUCGCCGCAGCCCUAGACUCCUCACCAAUGGCUACUAUGUGUGGACGGAGGACAGCUUCCUCUGUGACGAAGACGGCAACAUAACUCUGAACCCUUCCCAGACCACCGUCAUGUACAAGGAGAACCUGGUCAGAAUAUUCAGGAGAAAGAAGAGAGUCCGCCGCUCCCUUCCUUCUCUCUUCAGCCUCAGUGCCUCCCAAUCCUGGCUGUGUGGAAGUGUCUUGGGUGAUUCUGAUACUUCCCCCCAUGAGGACAUCUGGCUGGAGGGUGCCAGGAGGCUGGAUUCAUACCACAGCAGCGAGAAUGGAGGGGAUUUUGACUGUUCUUCUCUGAUUGACAACCUGGAGAAGCCAAAGGCAGCAUCUGUGACAGCCUCCACUUCCAGCCAAAUCACAUCUCAGCCUCCCAGUGGAAGCUCCCAGGACACCCUUCAGUCCCUGUGGAAUGCCCCUGAACGUUUGCAAGAGAACAUUGUGGAUCAUUCACAAGGGGAUUUCAACUGUUCUUCUCUGACUGACAACCUGGAGAAGCCAAAGGCAGCAUCUGUGACAGCCUCCACUUCCAGCCAAAUCACAUCUCAGCCUCCCAGAGGAAGCUCCCAGGACACCCUUCAGCCCCUGUGGAAUGCCCCUGAACGUUUGCAAGAGAACAUUGUGGAUCAUUCACAAACCAGUGUGUUUCCGGGUGUCUCCUUUCAGGCAGUGCUGCUUACAGCAGGCUUCAUCAUUUCUCUAUGUGCAAGAUGGUGGAUUGGAGGAGUAUUAUCCAAUGUCUUCACGUGCAUGCUGGUGAUAACAAUUGCUUAUGUUGUCCAGUCAUUGUUCCUCAGCCUCGCCAGCUAUUUCAAAGCCACCACCCAUGCCUGGUUUGCCAGAAUUUGACAACCAUUUAGGAAUGCCUCUGAUGAAUCUCUUGCAUCUGAAUAUCCGGAAAUUGUCCAACUGGCAGUCUGCUUGGAAUUGACUGUUAUAUUUGCAAGGGAGUAAGCAGCUGGAUGAUGGAGGGGGAAAAAAACAAAUUUGGCUAUGGGACUUCUGUUUAAACCCUCAGUUUCCCCUCACAAUAGUAACAUGCUUAUGAGAAUCAUAUGAAUUUGCUUUUCCUUUGCGAACACUGGCGGUUGAAAAGGAAAGGAUGAGGGUGGGUGAGAGAGAACAGUGCGCUGGAGUGAAUGGCCCUGUCAUUCCCUCAGGCCCUGGUUCUCAAGCUUUAAUUUUCACUGGAGAAUCCUGUGUGGGGCUUGUAGAAGGGUGGAUUCCUGGGUGUGCCAGCCCGUGGGAACCUGUGCCUUACUGUCCUGCUUUAAUUGGCCACUGAAAAUAAGUGCAUGUAAUCAAUUCCAGCUGGGAAGUAAAGAAAUGCAGUUUGCACAUUCA